AUGACUAGUAUUUGACGUGAAAGGAUACUUAAUAACGCUAAAAUGUUGCAACGUGUGUCGCGUCGAACGGCCGAUUUCAUUGUUUCCGACUUGUCAAAAGGAUGUCCCAUAAUGUUGUUCUGUCUUGUCAGUCUGGGAUAUCACCUAUUCAUCUGUGCUUUAUAGGCUAAGUAGAUAGAUUUCUUCACAGCUCGAGUGCUCAUAUCAAUACUUGAUAACAUAAAUCAUCUUUUGGAUGAUGUACCGCUGGUUUUUGUUUUCUAUCGCACUACGGAAUGUCUCCUCUGUUGCCGUACGCUCACAACACUGUAUUAUUGCAGUAUCCACGUGACAGGACGGUUGUUGAUAUCCAAGGCACCAAAAAGGCAAUUGGAGUUUUCUUACAACUGGGCAUUCUCCAGUCGGAAACUAUUUAUCUUUUUACUCUUCUCUUCUUUUCGUCAAGACUUUCAAUAACGAUGGCUCCGGUUGGUAAAAAAUCAAAGAGAAGAACUCCUCGCCAAAACUCAAACGUGUUCGCCAUGUUCACACCUCAGCAAAUCAUUGAGUUCAGAGAGGCUUUCAGCAUGAUAGAUACCGAUCAUGACGGCUAUGUGUGUGCAGAGGAUUUAGAGGAGGCUUAUGUGCAAAUUCUGGGUUUGCAACCAACACCUGGAAUGAUACAGAAUAUGCUGGGAGACUCGACUUCGUCCAUCAACUUUACCAUUUUCCUAACGCUGAUGGCAGAAAAACUUUCAGGCACAGACCCUGAGCCUGAAAUUUUGCAGGCGUUCGCUGCCUUUGACGACGAUGGCAAGGGCUACAUCAACGCUGACGACUUGAGGGAAUGCAUGACCACCAUGGGAGAUCGAUUCACCGAUGAAGAGGUUGAUGUCAUGUUUAAGGGAUGUCCAGUAGAUGACUAUGGCAACUUCAAUUAUCGAGAAUUCGUACGAGUAUUGAAGCAUGGCGAUUAAUUAUUAUUUUUUUCUUUUACACGCCGUAGAAAGCUUUCCCUUCCAAACUAUACCCUCUUCUUUGUUGUAUAUAACCCUUACGGCCCAGCUGAUUUAACUUGUGGAAAUAAAUGCCGAGUUACCCCUUACCCA